CUCGCCUCGCCAGCCUGAAGGAAAAGUCAUCUUGAUUUUUCGCUCUACCUAAUUUCAUUCCGCGAUCGUCACCUUCUUCAAGCAACUCUCUCUCUCUCUUGACCUAGAUCCUGUUCAAACACGAAGGAAACCCUAGACCCACAAUCCCGCUCUUCUUCUUCUUCUUCUUCUUUGCGAAUCCGAUCUCUUUUACUGUUAUUAUUGAUAGGAUCGGAGUGCAAGCUAUGGAGGCGGCGGCUUUGUCAGCGGGAGUUCGUCCCUGUUUGAAUCGUGAUCGUUACAGAUUUUCGAGGCCUUGUUCGGAGGCUAAGUCCUUUUCCUCGGUUCGAUGCGAGAAACCCGGCAGUCUCCGGAAGCCCAUACCGGAGGGUCUUGUAGUUUCCUCCCCUGAAUCUUGCAGAAAUGCGAUUAUGACCAGUGGAUUGAGGCCCCAUCGAUCCGGAGUCAAGACGAAUGUGUUUGAACGAGCACAACCUUUGACUGGAGAAUGGCCCUAUGCAGAAUCCGAAUCUAAAACUAAUUCUCUUACCGCGGAGGACAAGAUCGGUGUCCUGCUUUUGAAUCUCGGUGGUCCGGAGACGCUUAAUGAUGUGCAGCCCUUCUUGUAUAAUCUGUUUGCAGACCCGGAUAUUAUCCGGCUUCCCAGGCCAUUUCAGUUUCUCCAAGGGGCUAUAGCGAAGUUGAUAUCUGUGGUCCGUGCCCCGAAAUCGAAAGAAGGGUAUGCUGCCAUUGGCGGUGGCUCUCCUUUGCGCAAAAUAACCGAUGAGCAGGCAGAUGCCAUUAGGAUGGCCUUGGAAGCUAAGAACAUUCCUGCCAAUGUCUAUGUUGGAAUGCGGUACUGGUAUCCGUUCACCGAGGAAGCGGUUCAACAGAUUAAGAGGGACAAGAUUACAAGACUUGUCGUCCUGCCACUAUACCCUCAGUACUCUAUCUCCACCACUGGGUCGAGCGUCCGUGUGCUCCAACAGUUAUUCAGGGAAGAUCCACACUUAGCUGGCCUCCCAGUUGCUGUUAUACAGUCCUGGUACCAAAGGCGAGGCUAUGUUAAUUCUAUGGCUGACCUGAUCGAGAAGGAGCUUCAAAAAUUCUCUGACCCUGAUGAGGUCAUGAUAUUCUUCAGCGCCCAUGGCGUUCCAGUCAGCUACGUGGAAAAUGCCGGAGAUCCAUACAAGGAUCAGAUGGAAGAGUGCAUUUACUUGAUAAUGCAAGAGCUGAAAGCGAGAGGGGUUGAUAACGACCAUAAGUUGGCAUACCAGAGCCGGGUUGGGCCUGUCGAAUGGCUAAAGCCGUACACCGAUGAGGUUCUUGUCGAGCUUGGUAAGAAAGGCGUGAAGAGUCUUCUGGCUGUCCCCGUCAGUUUCGUGAGCGAGCAUAUCGAGACUCUCGAAGAAAUAGACAUGGAGUACAGGGAAUUAGCUCUCGAAUCAGGAAUCGAGAACUGGGGCCGGGUACCAGCAUUAGGUCUCACCUCCUCCUUCAUCACUGACAUGGCAGAGGCCGUGAUAGAAGCUCUACCCUCGGCAAAAGCCAAGUGGAACCCUACGGACAUCGUCUCUGAAGAAAGCAGCUCCGAUCCGCUCAGUUACAUAGUGAAGAUGUUCUUCGGUUCAAUUCUGGCCUUCUUUCUGUUCUUCUCCCCGAAGAUGCUCCUUGCUUUCAGGAACCAUCUUCUCUAGACAGUAAAAGCCAUCUCACUAAGAACAUAGAUGAGGAUGGGGUAAAGAUCGGAUAAAGGAGUAGAAAUCUUUUGAUAUUUUGCUCACAACAGUAAUAUCUAUUCAAUGAUAAAUUUGAUCUGCAUGAUUUUGGUUC